AUGCUUAACUUGACGUACUUUUGUUUACAGGCAGGGAGACAUCAUCCAAACCAUCCCAUGAACGAUGAACCGACCUUCAUCCGCGCCUCUUGGCCGUCACAUUCAACACUAUAUCAAAGCAACCCUAGAACAGCCAUACCGCUCAAUCUCAAAAGCAACAACGCUCUACUACAAUGCCAGUCCCGCCAGCAGCACCUCCUCUCACACAGACUGGAACACCCACGAUGUAUUCUUCAAAAUCACGCGUGGCCGCUUUCUCGUCGACGAAGCCGAGAACCUCCGCAUGCGCGAGAUCAAAUUCGACAUGAACGACUCGCCCGUAUCGCAGCAGAAUGGAUGGGGGCCACUCACUGCACCUCUAUACAGAAGUAUCCCGACGGCAUGUUCAAUAAGGCCUUUCUCAUGUCGAUGGACAAUGGCCGCGAAGUCGUUGCAAAGGUUCCUAAUCCGAAUUCUGGAAUCCCACGCCUAACUACAGCCAGCGAGGUCGCUACCAUGAACUUCGUAUAUCCUACCACAUCUAUCAAUGCCGGGUCCAGCUAA